CAGAAGAGUCGGAACCUUCCGGGACGCUGGUGCCUAAAAACUGGAUUUUAAUCACCAUCCUGGUUGCCCAUCUCUGUCCCUUUUCUCAUUUGGUAACUAGUCGAGAGAAGCGCUUGGCACCAGCGCUCUGCGGGACCCAAGCUCCCGGCUGCUAGGGACCCGAGUGUCCGCUGCUGCGGAAGGAGCGGAGGGGAGGACGCCAGCGGAUGCUUACUGGAGCCUGGAGGAGAAGAGGAAAAAGGUGGACUGGUAACCAGUGAAAACGACCCUUUUGGGACUGGCAGUCAGAUUGGGAAAAAGAGGAAAAUGAAGAUGUCAUUCACUAGAAACAGUUGAAGUUGCCAGAACCAUUGGUUGACAGAGGGACAAGACGCAAGGGAAUUUGCAAUGUCGUGUUUCUGAAUGCCAUGCACAAGACCUCCAAAUAAGAUCAGCCUUGAGUGGAAUUUGACAGAAGAUGUUACAACAGUUUUAUCUCUGGAAAUGGUUGGCUUCAGGGAUUAUCCUUGGCUCUGUCUUCACAAUAGGCUUGGGCCAGUAUGAUGAUGACUGGCAAUAUGAGGAUUGCAAACUAGCCAGGGGAGGACCACCAGCCACCAUAGUUGCCAUUGAUGAAGAGAGUCGGAAUGGUACGAUUCUGGUGGAUAACAUGCUGAUCAAGGGGACUGCCGGAGGACCAGACCCGACCAUAGAGCUCUCUUUAAAGGACAAUGUGGAUUACUGGGUGUUGUUGGACCCUGUUAAACAGAUGCUUUUCCUGAACAGCACGGGCAGAGUUCUGGACAGAGAUCCACCAAUGAACAUACACUCCAUCGUGGUGCAAGUCCAGUGCAUCAACAAAAAAGUAGGCACUGUUAUCUACCAUGAAGUUCGAAUCGUGGUAAGGGACAGGAAUGACAACUCACCCACAUUCAAGCAUGAAAGCUACUAUGCCACAGUGAACGAGCUCACUCCAGUUGGCACCACAAUAUUUACGGGAUUUUCAGGAGACAAUGGAGCUACAGACAUAGAUGAUGGCCCAAAUGGACAGAUAGAAUAUGUUAUUCAGUACAACCCAGAUGAUCCGACAUCCAAUGACACCUUUGAAAUUCCCCUCAUGUUGACUGGAAAUGUAGUGCUAAGGAAGAGACUCAACUAUGAAGAUAAGACUCGCUACUUUGUCAUCAUCCAAGCUAACGACCGUGCACAAAAUCUGAAUGAACGGCGAACCACCACCACCACCCUCACAGUGGAUGUUCUGGAUGGAGAUGACUUGGGUCCAAUGUUCCUUCCUUGUGUUCUCGUGCCAAACACUCGUGAUUGUCGCCCACUCACCUAUCAAGCUGCCAUACCUGAGUUGAGAACACCGGAAGAACUGAACCCCAUCAUUGUUACUCUACCAAUCCAAGCCAUUGAUAAGGACCGGAAUAUUCAACCACCAUCAGAUAGGCCAGGCAUCCUUUAUUCCAUCCUUGUUGGGACUCCUGAGGAUUACCCACGAUUUUUCCAUAUGCAUCCUAGGACUGCAGAACUUAGUCUCCUGGAGCCAGUAAAUAGAGACUUUCACCAGAAAUUUGAUUUGGUUAUUAAGGCUGAACAGGACAAUGGCCAUCCUCUUCCUGCUUUUGCCAGUCUACAUAUUGAAAUACUGGAUGAAAACAAUCAGAGCCCAUAUUUCACAAUGCCCAGUUAUCAAGGCUAUAUCCUGGAAUCUGCCCCCGUGGGAGCAACUAUCUCUGACAGUCUGAAUUUGACCACUCCUCUAAGAAUUGUAGCUCUGGACAAGGACAUAGAAGAUACAAAAGACCCAGAGCUUCACCUUUUUCUAAAUGAUUACACCUCAGUCUUCACCGUCACGCAGACUGGUAUCACUCGCUACCUCACCUUACUGCAACCAGUGGACAGAGAAGAACAGCAAACUUACACCUUUUCGAUAACAGCAUUUGAUGGAGUACAAGAAAGCGAGCCAGUUAUUGUCAAUAUUCGGGUGAUGGAUGCAAAUGAUAACACGCCAACCUUCCCUGAAAUAUCCUAUGAUAUCUAUGUUUACACAGAUAUGAAUCCUGGGGACAGUGUCAUACAGCUCACUGCAGUCGACGCAGACGAGGGGUCAAAUGGAGAGAUCACAUACGAAAUCCUGGUCGGGGCUCAGGGAGACUUCGUCAUCAACAGAACAACAGGGCUUAUCACCAUCACCCCGGGGGUGGAACUGAUAGUCGGGCGGACUUACGCGCUCACGGUCCAAGCCGCGGAUAAUGCUCCUCCAGCAGAGAGAAGGCACUCCAUCUGCACAGUGUACAUCGAAGUGCUUCCUCCAAAUAAUCAAAGCCCUCCUCGUUUCCCACAGCUGAUGUAUAGCCUUGAAAUCAGCGAAGCCAUGAGGAUUGGUGCUGUUUUAUUAAAUCUGCAGGCAACUGAUCGAGAAGGAGAUCCAAUAACAUAUGCCAUUGAGAAUGGAGAUCCACAGCGAGUUUUUAAUCUUUCAGAAACUACUGGAAUUCUAACCUUAGGGAAAGCACUGGACAGGGAGAGCACUGACCGCUACAUUCUGAUCGUCACUGCUUCUGAUGGCAGGCCUGAUGGGACCUCAACCGCCACAGUAAACGUGGUGGUGACAGACGUCAAUGACAAUGCUCCAGUGUUUGAUCCUUAUCUGCCCAGAAAUCUAUCAGUGGUAGAAGAAGAAGCCAAUGCCUUUGUGGGUCAAGUAAGGGCAACGGACCCUGAUGCUGGAAUAAAUGGCCAAGUGCACUACAGUUUGGGUAACUUCAAUAAUCUUUUUCGUAUCACAUCCAAUGGGAGCAUUUACACAGCAGUGAAGCUUAACAGAGAAGUCAGGGACUACUAUGAACUUGUUGUCGUGGCAACUGAUGGAGCGGUACACCCUCGUCAUUCUACUCUAACACUGGCUAUCAAGGUUUUGGAUAUUGAUGAUAAUAGUCCUGUGUUCACCAAUUCAACAUAUACUGUCGUCGUUGAAGAGAAUCUGCCAGCUGGAACCACUUUCCUUCAAAUAGAGGCCAAAGAUGUUGACCUUGGAGCGAAUGUAUCUUAUCGGAUAAGAAGCCCAGAAGUGAAGCACUUUUUUGCACUGCAUCCGUUUACAGGAGAACUCUCCCUUUUGAGGAGUCUGGACUAUGAGUCAUUUCCAGAUCAGGAAGCAAGUAUCACUUUUCUCGUGGAGGCCUUUGAUAUUUACGGAACAAUGCCACCUGGUAUUGCUACUGUCACGGUGAUAGUAAAGGAUAUGAAUGAUUAUCCUCCAGUAUUUAGUAAACGAAUCUACAAAGGGAUGGUCGCUCCAGAUGCUGUCAAGGGUACACCUAUCACGACCGUUCAUGCUGAAGAUGCAGACCCUCCUGGAUUACCUGCAAGUCGUGUGAGGUAUAGAGUAGAUGAUGUCCAGUUUCCGUAUCCUGCCAGCAUUUUUGAUGUAGAAGAAGGUUCAGGAAGAGUAAUAACUCGGGUCAAUCUUAAUGAAGAACCCACAACAAUUUUCAAGUUGGUGGUUCUUGCAUUUGAUGAUGGUAAGCCUGUGAUGUCCAGCAGUGCCACUGUGAAAAUUCUUGUCUUACAUCCUGGAGAAAUCCCACGCUUCACACAGGAGGAAUACAGACCUCCUCCAGUAAGUGAACUUGCACCCAGAGGGACUAUGGUUGGUGUAAUUUCUGCUGCAGCCGUCAAUCAGAGUAUCGUGUACUCCAUUGUUUCAGGAAAUGAAGAGGAUAAGUUUGGAAUGAACAACAUCACAGGUGUAAUCUAUGUGAAUGCCCCUCUGGAUUAUGAGACAAGGACAAGCUAUGUACUUCGAGUCCAAGCUGAUUCCCUGGAAGUGGUCCUCGCCAAUCUCCGCGUUCCUUCGAAAAGUAAUACAGCUAAAGUGUAUAUUGAGAUUCAGGAUGAAAAUGAUCAUCCCCCAGUGUUUCAGAAAAAAUUCUACAUUGGAGGUGUAUCUGAAGAUGCAAGAAUGUUUGCUUCUGUGCUCAGAGUUAAGGCUACUGAUAAAGAUACUGGCAACUACAGUGCCAUGGCGUACAGACUUAUAAUUCCACCAAUUAAAGAGGGCAAAGAAGGAUUUGUAGUGGAAACAUACACAGGGCUGAUCAAAACAGCCAUGCUCUUCCACAACAUGAGGAGAUCCUAUUUCAAGUUUCAAGUCAUCGCAACUGACGACUAUGGAAAGGGACUAAGUGGCAAAGCAGACGUACUUGUCUCUGUGGUCAAUCAGCUGGAUAUGCAAGUCAUUGUUUCUAACGUGCCCCCUACUCUAGUGGAAAAAAAGAUAGAAGAUCUUACAGAGAUUUUGGAUCGCUAUGUUCAGGAGCAAAUUCCUGGCGCCAAGGUUGUGGUGGAGUCCAUCGGUGCUCGCCGGCACGGCGACGCCUUUUCUCUAGAAGACUAUACCAAGUGUGACUUGACUGUCUAUGCCAUCGACCCCCAAACCAACAGAGCCAUCGACAGAAAUGAGCUUUUUAAAUUUUUGGAUGGCAAACUGCUCGAUAUCAAUAAAGACUUUCAGCCGCAUUAUGGGGAAGGAGGACGCAUUCUGGAGAUCCGGACUCCAGAGGCAGUGACCAGCAUUAAAAAGCGGGGAGAAAGUCUAGGCUAUACAGAAGGGGCCUUGCUGGCCCUGGCCUUCAUCAUCAUCCUCUGCUGUAUCCCUGCCAUCUUGGUGGUCUUGGUCAGCUACAGACAACGUCAAGCUGAGUGCACCAAGACAGCCCGAAUCCAGUCCGCCUUACCUGCAGCUAAACCAGCAGCGCCUGCCCCAGCACCAGUGGCCAUGCCCCCGCCGCCCCCACCACCUCCGGGUGCUCAUCUCUAUGAAGAACUUGGGGACAGCACAAUGAGAGUUUAUACAUCAGAGCAACAACAACUGCUGAGGCCUUCUCUUCUUAAACCAGAGGAGUUAUCCAUGGAGUCUGGAAUUGAUCCUGGCCAGGAAUAUGGACAAGAUUAUUACAGUUAUGAGCAUGGGUAUGAAAUGCCUCAAUAUGGAAGUCGCCGUCGUUUGUUACCGCCAGCUGGACAAGAGGAAUAUGGUGAGGUGGUUGGUGAAGCUGAGGAAGAAUAUGAGGAGGAAGAGGAAAAGGCAAAGAAAGUUAAAAAACCCAAAGUUGAAAUUAGAGAGCCUAGUGAGGAGGAAGAAGUAGUUGUCACUGUUGAGAAGCCACCAGUCCCUGAGCCAACAUACCCGACGUGGAAGAGAGCCAGGAUAUUCCCAAUGAUUUUUAAGAAAGUGAGAGGACUAGCUGAUAGAAGAGGCAUCGUGGACCUGGAGGAGGAAGAGUGGCGGAGACGCCUUGAGGAAGAAGAUAAAGAUUAUUUGAAACUAACUCUGGACCAGGAGGAAGCUACAGAAAGCACAGUAGAGUCAGAGGAGGAAUCCUCGAGUGACUACACUGAAUACAGCGAAGAGGAAUCCGAGUUCAGUGAGUCCGAGACGACGGAAGAGGAGUCCGAGUCAGAGACGCCCUCUGAGGAGGAGGAAAGUUCCAUGCCGGAAUCCGAAGAAUCGGAAUCCACAGAGUCUGAAGGAGAAAAGGCAAGGAAAAACAUUUUUCUGGCCAGAAGGAAGCCUGUCGUUGAAGAGGUCAAGAAAGUCAAAGGCAGAAAAGAGGAGCCACCUGAAGAAGCUGAAGAACCCGGGCUGGAGGAAGGAGAAGGCCCGGCAGACGCCGAGGAGCGCGAGCCCGCCCCGGGCGCAGAACCGCCGGACCUGGAACCGCACGACAUCGCCGAGGAGAGCAGCGCAGAGUCAGCUUCGGUGACAGGAGGUGUGGAGAGUGAGGAGGAAUCCGAAUCAGGCAGUAGUAGCAGUAGUAGCGAAAGUCAGUCUGGAGGUCCUUGGGGCUUUCAGAAGCCAGAGUACGACACAAGCAAGCGUGCAAAGCAAAAGAAGUCCCCAGGCGCAAACUCGGAAGGUUACAACACAGCACUUUAAAAGCGAUCACAGUAGGUGAAAGUUUUGCAGUGAUGCGUGCUCCUGUGUGCAGUGCCCUCUGUGUGUUCUCUGAAAUGACCCUUGAAGGGGAGGAAAGUAAUCAUGAUUUUUAUCCGAUGUAAGAUUAGAUGCAUGCCAGAAAAGUGAAUAUAUAUGCUAUCUACAUAGAUUUGUAUAGUAGAAUGUAUUAGGGCAAAUCUGACUAAUCUUUCCUAUAUUAGUAAUUCGAAGGCAUGCAAUCAGUUACUCAGUCUUUAAUAUUUUUUACUGUGAUUUCUAUUAAUGCAGUGUGGCAUUGUGUAUUACCAGUGAUGCCCUGAUGCCCUGACUAUUGGA